CUUCUCACUAAGUUUUAGGUACUUAUAAGGUAGGUGGGUAUUUAUGCUAGUAUAUUCCGGCUGCCCCCCUUCCCUCUUUCCCUCCGUAUUCCGGCUCCUUCCUCUCCAUUGCCAAUCCCGAAUAUUCUCUUGGAUGUGAAAUACGGGUCUUCCGUCUUGGCAACUCUCUCCCGGAUCGGAGACAGAUUGCAAUCCGGUCACGACAUCGCCCACUAUGUUGAUGCCAUACAUGUGUAUCUUGUCCACCUCUAGAACACACCACUGCAACGCCAGAAUUCCGCAAUAGGCAGGUGCCGGCCACAGACCCCGGCACCAAUUACGCCGUUGGUUAUAUCCGCCAUUCGAGUUCAACAUUGCACCAUCAAUUAAACAAUAAAUAUCAUUGAAAGAGACAAACAACACAGGCGAGAGAUCAUGAAAGGGGUAAAACGCCUCACUUCAUCUCCAAAUGUUUACCUACCAAAUAAGUGGGAGUUAGAUAUAUCUUAACGUGCUCGCAGUAAGCACAUCGUCUGGUCUUAUCUGCAUACGGGGAUCUACCCAUUCCUAGAGGAUGUCGGACAUCAUCGAGAGCGAUGUUUCGCCAAAACCUAAAGGGACCAUAGUAACAGAAGCGCAUGUUGCACCCGUCAGCGACGAAACGAGUGCAGCUCAUAAGGUGGGCUCCGAAGACCCUCGUCAAGACGAUGAUACCGUAUAUGUGAAAGGGCAUCCAGUGAUUCGGAAUGGCGCCGACGUAUCCAAAUACUUGGUAUCGUGUCGCGACGAUGGCGACCCUGCCUUCACCUUUCGUUCCAUCGUCUUAGGCACUAUCUUCACUGCGCUUUCAAGCGUCAUUACCAUACUGUACAUUUUCAAGCCCUUCCAGGUCCAGGUUUCGGCCGUCUUCAUACAGCUCUUGGUCUUCGUCUUUGGAGAGGCGUGGGCGUUGUUGACCCCGAACCCAAGUCGAUUUAAAGGAAAAUGGCUGCAAAAUACGCUACGUUUCCUGAACUCCGGGCAGCCGUUUGGGAUUAAAGAGCAUGUGGUGGCGUCGCUCAUCGCUUCGUCUGGGAAUAAUGGAUUAUCGGGAGUUGAGGUAUACGCUAUAGAGCGACUUUUCUACGACAGAAGUGUUUCUGCUUCCACUGCGGUGCUCGCUACCUUCUCAAUCUCGCUUUGUGGAUUUGUAGUGGCGGGAUUACUGAGACCACUGAUCAUUUACCCCGCCGAGAUGGUCUACUGGUUAUCGUUACCGCAGGUGGUUCUCUUUCAGAACCUCCAUUUUGACCGCAUUGCCAACCGAGGCCGACUAAAAAAGUUCGGUUGGGCUCUUGCUUUUGCCGCUGUCUGGGAGAUAUUUCCAGCCUAUGUCAUACCAUGGUUUAGCGGUAUCUCAAUCGUCUGUCUAGCGACGAUCAACGCCCCCAAAAGCACCCGAACCGUUAUCGCCACGAUCUUCGGAGGAGCUUCGUCUAACGAAGGACUUGGGAUUUUCAACUUCAGUCUCGACUGGCAAUACAUCCAAAGCCAAUAUUUAUCCCUGCCGAUUAAGCAACAGUUGAAUUCUUGGAUUGGCUUGGUAAUCUUAUAUGCCGCAUUGCUUGGGCUUUACUACUCGAAUACUUGGAAAGCGAAAACCUUUCCAUUCAUGUCGACGUCGCUCUUUUCAUCCAACAGCACCACAUUCCACCCGACGAAUAUCUUAAACGACGAGGGCAUCGUCGAUUAUGAUAAGCUAAACCAAGUCGGCCUACCGUACCUAACUGCAUCGACAGUGUGGGGUUACCUGACCCAGUCCGUUGCCAUCGGAGCGUUGAUAAGCCAUGUGCUUAUAUUCUUCAGCAAAGACAUGGUCGCCGCGUGGCAGCAAGCACGAAGCAGAAAACAGCCCGACCCCCAUUACCAAGCCAUGUUGAAAUACAAGGAAGUACCGCAAUGGUGGUACAUCGCCCUUUUUGUUCUCUGUUUCUUCGCAGGAUUGGCUGUGAAUAUCCUGGGCGAAACUACGCUUCCCGUCUGGGGUUAUAUCAUUUCCCUUCUUUUAGGCACUUUCAUCGCCCCCUUCUCCUGUAUCCUCUAUGGGUUAUACGGAAGCGGCGUCGCGACUAAUCAAAUAUCCAAGAUGGUCGCAGGUGUUGUCCAUCCUGGCCGUCCUUUAGCGAAUCUAUAUUUCGCUAGCUGGUCUCACCAGGUUAUCCUUCUCGCCGUCAACCUUGCGAAUUGGCUUAAGGUAGGAGUUUACACGAAAAUCCCUCCGCGAACGAUGUUCACCACUCAAAUUUACGGCACUCUCCUCGGCGCAGGCCUGAACUACGCGGUCAUGACAAGUAUCGUGAACAGCCAGCGAGAGAUACUACUCGAUCCUUCGGGAAACAAUAUCUGGAGCGGGUCGAUCGUGCAGAGCAUGAACUCCCAGGCAGUGACCUGGGCGCUAGCGAAAGAAAUGUACGGAUUAUCGGGACGUUACGUGAUCGUUCCUCUCGGACUCCUCAUCGGAGUCUUCCUCCCAAUUUUCCAUUGGGUUAUGAUCAAACUGGUUCCCCGAAUUAAGAAUUACCCUAUCAAUACGGCAUUGAUAGCUGCGUACGCUGGCGUAAACUACUACGGAAACACAUCGUGGAUCUGGUCCUCAAUCGCGGUUGGUAUCUUUUCGCAACUUUGGCUGAGGCGUCGGCUGCCAAAUAUCUACAACAAGUACAACUAUCUCAUUGGAGCAGCAUUAGAUGGAGGGUCGCAAUUGGUCAUUUUCGUCCUUUCGUUCGCGGUUUUCGGGGCUAGUGGGAGAGCAUACCCGUUCCCAACGUGGUGGGGAAAUCCGGACGGUAACCCCGAUCAUUGUCUCUGAAGGCCAAAGGUUUUUCAAUUCUUAACCCUAUUAUAAUGCCGUUUUAU